GAAUUCUCUUACCCCACCCUGACACCUUUCGUCCCUUUAUCUCUUCCAGGUUUCGGUCGGAAGGAUGUAGUUGAAUAUUUGCUUCAAAGUGGUGCCAAUGUCCAUGCACGAGAUGAUGGAGGCCUUAUUCCUCUUCAUAACGCUUGCUCUUUUGGUCAUGCUGAAGUUGUCAAUCUUCUCUUACGGCAUGGUGCAGAUCCUAACGCUCGGGAUAAUUGGAAUUACACUCCCCUUCAUGAAGCUGCCAUUAAGGGCAAGACAGAUGUCUGCAUUGUACUGCUGCAGCAUGGUGCCGAACCAACCAUCCGGAACACAGAUGGAAGAACAGCUUUGGAUUUAGCAGACCCAUCUGCAAAAGCAGUGCUGACUGGUGAAUACAAGAAAGAUGAACUCUUAGAAAGUGCCAGGAGUGGAAAUGAAGAAAAGAUGAUGUCUCUUCUUACGCCAUUAAAUGUUAACUGUCAUGCAAGUGAUGGCAGAAAGUCUACUCCUUUACAUUUAGCAGCUGGGUAUAACCGUGUAAAAAUAGUCCAGCUCUUACUGCAACAUGGGGCUGAUGUACAUGCUAAGGAUAAAGGAGAUUUGGUGCCACUUCACAAUGCCUGCUCCUAUGGUCAUUAUGAAGUAACAGAGCUUCUAGUAAAGCAUGGAGCAUGUGUGAAUGCAAUGGAUCUGUGGCAGUUCACCCCUCUGCAUGAAGCAGCUUCUAAGAACAGAGUGGAAGUAUGUUCUCUUUUGUUAAGUUACGGUGCUGACCCAACGCUGUUGAACUGUCACAACAAAAGCACCAUUGAUUUGGCUCCAACACCCCAAUUAAAAGAACGAUUAGCAUAUGAAUUCAAAGGUCACUCACUGCUACAGGCUGCAAGAGAAUCAGAUGUGGCUCGUAUCAAAAAACAUCUUUCUUUGGAGACAGUGAACUUCAAGCAUCCUCAAACACAUGAGACAGCAUUGCAUUGUGCUGCUGCAUCUCCAUAUCCUAAGAGAAAACAAGUGUGUGAACUGCUGCUGAGGAAAGGAGCCAACAUCAAUGAAAAAACAAAAGACUUCUUGACUCCUCUGCAUGUGGCAUCAGAGAAGGCUCAUAAUGAUGUUGUUGAAGUAGUUGUGAAACAUGAAGCUAAGGUUAACGCAUUAGAUAAUCUUGGCCAGACCUCUCUUCACAGAGCAGCACACUGUGGUCACCUUCAGACGUGCAGGUUGCUGUUGAGUUCCGGAUGCGAUCCUUCUAUUGUGUCUCUGCAGGGCUUUACAGCGUUACAAAUGGGGACUGAAAGUGUGCAGCAGCUGCUACAAGAAGGUAUCCCCUUAGGUAACUCUGAUGCAGAUCGACAGUUGCUUGAGGCUGCAAAGGCUGGAGAUGUGGAUACUGUAAAGAAACUAUGUACAGUUCAAAGUGUGAACUGCAGAGAUAUUGAAGGACGUCAGUCUACACCACUUCAUUUUGCAGCUGGAUAUAACAGGGUAUCCGUUGUUGCGUAUCUUCUUCAACAUGGAGCUGAUGUGCAUGCAAAAGAUAAGGGAGGACUUGUCCCUUUACAUAAUGCUUGCUCGUACGGUCACUAUGAAGUUGCAGAGCUGCUGGUUAAACACGGUGCAGUUGUCAACGUGGCUGACUUGUGGAAAUUCACUCCCUUGCAUGAAGCUGCAGCAAAAGGAAAAUACGAGAUUUGCAAACUCCUUUUACAGCAUGGAGCUGACCCUACAAAGAAAAACAGAGAUGGAAACACUCCUCUGGACCUUGUUAAAGACGGUGAUACUGAUAUUCAGGACCUCCUUAGAGGAGAUGCAGCUCUGCUAGAUGCCGCAAAGAAAGGUUGUUUGGCCCGAGUGAAAAAGCUGUGUUCACCUGACAAUGUCAACUGCCGGGACACGCAAGGGCGGCAUUCAACGCCGCUGCAUUUAGCAGCUGGUUACAACAAUUUGGAGGUUGCAGAGUACCUGUUACAGCAUGGGGCAGAUGUGAAUGCACAGGAUAAAGGAGGUUUGAUUCCUUUGCAUAAUGCAGCAUCUUAUGGGCAUGUUGAUGUAGCAGCUUUACUUAUAAAGUAUAAUGCCUGCGUGAAUGCUACGGACAAAUGGGCUUUCACACCUCUGCAUGAAGCGGCCCAGAAGGGAAGGACACAGCUUUGUGCCUUGUUACUGGCACAUGGGGCUGAUCCUACUCUGAAAAACCAAGAAGGACAGACGCCAUUAGACCUGGUCACUGCAGAUGAUGUCAGCGCAUUAUUGACAGCAGCAAUGCCUCCUUCUGCCUUACCGACUUGCUACAAACCUCAGGUUAUAAGUGUGUCUGCCGCCGAUUCCCUGUCUUCUGUUCCAUCCAGUCCAUCCAGUCUGUCUGCUGCCAGUAGUCUUGACAACUUGUCUGGUAGUUUUUCUGAACUUCCGUCUGUUGUUGGUACAAACAGUGCAGAGGGAGCUACUGUUCUGGAGAAAAAAGAAGGUGAGCCUUUCUCAGGAAUGA